GAAAAGGCUCAUCAUCAGCUCCAUGGCCAACAUCUCCAAGGUGUUUAAGAAGACCUGCUCCAAUGGGAAGCUCUCCAUCUACCUGGGGAAACGGGACUUCGUAGACCAUGUGGACACAGUGGAACCCAUCGAUGGUGUGAUCCUGGUUGACCCUGAUUACUUAAAAGGUCGAAAGAUCUUCGUCAUGUUGACAUGUGCUUUUCGCUAUGGCCGUGAUGACUUGGAUGUUAUUGGUCUGACGUUCCACAAAGAUCUGUAUGUACAGACUCAGCAAGUGUUUCCAGCUGAGCCCAGCAGCCUCCAGGUGCCCCUCACACUUUUACAGGAGCGAUUGCUGCACAAGCUGGGGGACAAUGCCUACCCCUUUACCCUGCAGAUGGUGGCCAACCUGCCUUGUUCAGUGACACUGCAGCCAGGUCCUAAAGAUGCAGGCAAGGCUUGUGGGGUUGACUUCGAAGUGAAGAGCUUCUGUGCUGAAAACCUGGAGGAAAAAAUCUCUAAGAAAGACUGCGUGCAGCUGGUUGUCCGGAAAGUACAGUUUGCACCCUUGGAGCCAGGCCCUGGUCCCUGUGCCCAAACCCGCCACCGUUUCCUUUUGUCAGCUCAGCCCCUCCAACUCCAGGCCUGGAUGGAGAGGAAGGUUCACUACCAUGGAGAACCCAUUUCUGUCAGUGUUUCCAUCAACAACUGCACUAACAAGGUCAUCAAAAAAAUCAAGAUUUCAGUUGACCAGAUCACAGAUGUUGUCCUGUAUUCAAUAGACAAGUACACCAAGACUGUGUUCAUUCAGGAGUUCACGGAGACCAUAGCUGCUAACUCCAGCUUCUCCCAGAGCUUUGCAGUCACCCCACUCCUGACCAACUGCCAGAAACAAGGCCUGGCACUGGAUGGCAAACUCAAGCAUGAAGAUACCAGUCUGGCUUCUAGCACAAUUCUUCGACCUGGAAUGAAUAAGGAGCUGUUGGGGAUCCUGGUGUCCUAUAAAGUCAGAGUCAACCUGAUGGUUUCUGGAGGCAUCCUAGGAGAUCUGAUAGCCAGUGAUGUUGGUGUUGAGCUGCCUCUGAUUCUGAUGCAUCCAAAGCCAUGUCAUGAGGUUGCUAGCUCUGAGGACAUAGUCAUCGAGGAGUUUACGAAGCAAGAGCAAGGCGGGGCAGAGAGCCAGAAGGCUUUGGUCACAGAGGAAGACAAGGAGAACUGAGCGCCUAGAUCUGCCACCCCUGUACAUGGCAGCCUCCACUGUAAUGCUCUAAUAAAUCCUUCUGUCCAGA